AUGCCUAUCAAAGAAUUCAUUGUGUUGCUUGUCCGACUUCUAAAUGCCUAUCAAAGAAUUCAUUGUGUUGCUUGUCCAACUUCUAAAUGCCUAUCAAAGUAUGCAUUGUGUUGCUUGCCCUAUACAGUGCAGGUGUUGGACGGACUGGGACUUUCUUAGCGUUGGACUACUUACUGGACCAGGCAAGGAGCGAGGGCCGAGUCUGUGUCUACAACUGUGUGCAACACUUCCGUAGGGAGAGGAUGAAAAUGGUUCAGACAAAAGAGCAGUAUAUAUUCAUACACAGCAUUCUCCUGGAUGCCUUGCAAUGUGAACAGACCUUGACUCGCCCCAUCGAGCCAGUACACAUCCAGUGUGAGACAUGCUGGAACCGGCUUAAUAAUAAGCACAGGGUCAAUAUGGACAUUUCAUCCAUUGACAGUGAUGAAGAAGAUGUUCUGUAUGAAAAUGUUCCCCAUCACUGGGUACGUCAGCUUCAACAAAGAAGUGGAGAUGCGGCCUCUCUCCCCGACGUCUGUGACGUGGUCUGUGAAACAAUGCCCUUGCUGCCUAGUGAAACAGACAAUACAAGCGAGGAGAGGAGCCCGGAAGAGAAGACGGACGACGAGGGAGGAAGGAUGAGUUGGGUGUCGCCUCUGUUAGGUACAAGUGACAGGAUACAGGAGACGGGUUACGAGUGACAAGUCAGUGUUUCGUUCUGCCACAUAUUCCAGAGUUCCUUGAAUACAUAUUUUGUUCAUACUGUGCGUGUGUGGUGAUAAGUAGGGCAGUGCACCGUAUUGGUAAAUUUCGUUUAAGGCCAUCCAUUUCUUGUAUGUGUUUUAAAAACAAAAUAAACUGAUGUUGUGUAACUUAUUCUAUAACAUUUUAAAGUUUUAAAACUUUUGCUUUCAGUCUUUAAUAAUUAAUUUAUGAUGUAGAUUGAGUUACUUUGCUUCAGUAACGAAUAUUUAAUAAGCAUAGCUGAAGAAAGAUCAAUCUCAUCUGGUUUUAUUAUAGACUUCAGUGUGAAAGACUGGUUUUUCUGAAGUGUAAAGUGAUAUUUUCAUUGCAGUGAACCUAACACUUGAUAUUUCACUGCAGUAACACGUUGACGGAACUAUUGUUAUACA